UUGGAAAAAAAAAAAAAAUCCAUAAUCCCACUAAUUUUUUCAUAUAAUAAAGCAACACCAUAAUUAAACAUUCAUGUAAACAAAGAGAGGAUGCAGAGAGGAAAAGAUGAUGACAAGAGAGGCAUUUUUCGCCGGCUUUUAAGGUUGGUGGUCGUUAAACUCAUGAAGGGUCACAAGGAAGAUAGGUCUGUGACGAAGAAACUGAUCAAGAAAGAAUCAAAAUCUGAUAUCACAAUUUAUUUCAAGCAAAGAGAAGACUCCGAGGAUAACGCAAAUCCCAUCAAUUUCUCAAGAAGCUCGGAGAAAGAGAGGGUGAUCAUGCUGGUUAAUGGAAGUAACGGCUCAAAGAAGAACUUGGCGAGUGAGCUGAGCGUUAGGCGAUCAGUAGCUCAAACUGGAGCUGGUAUGACAAAGCCGAAGCCUCUUUUCAAUGAUAUAAAUACGAAAUCGCAUGCUUUCAUUGAGAGUAGACUCGCGAAGAUGCGAAAAGGCUUAUAGCCAAAAAACAUGAUGACUUCUCUGUUUUGCACAGAGAGACUCUUUCCUUUCUUCACUUUCCUUUCUUCACUUCAUAUAGUCUGUCUUAAGGAAUCCUAUCUAUGUUUUUCAUCAAUUCAUUUUUACGAUAAAAAUACUAGCUGCAUUCUUCAUAAAUUACAUGUAUUCUGAAAUCUUUUUAUUGCAUAAAUUCCAAGAACUUAUCUUCAAA